AUGUGGGGGGAGCGGAACGGAGCGGAGCUAGGGAUUUUGCUAAGUCCGAAGGCCGAGGUCGAGGAAGGGACGGGAUUCAUUGCAUGGUCAAUCGAGUUUUCGAGCGGAUAG